AUGGCCAAAAAACUGCAAGUAGCUCAAGCUAAGUUUAAGUUACAUUUAAAAGAAGUGGGUAGAUUCGAAUCAAUGCUAAAUGACUUUAUUGCUAAACCAAAUACAGAUAUCUUGCUAUACGAAAAUUUAUUGUCGGAAUUAGAAGACACGGAAGAUAUUUUAAAUAACGUAAUAUUAGAAGUAAUGGUAAAUGAAAGCGAUGAAGAGACCGAUGAUUACGAGAAUUUUAGUAAAGCUAAGAAAUCAAUUCAUAGCAUUAAAAGUCAAAUUCAAAGAAUACUUUCAGAUCUUAAACCAACGGAAGAAAGUGCUAGUCGAACCGUUAGUCAAACGGUAGAGCCCAAACCUAAUCUAAAACUGCCGAAAUUCAAUUUGCCCACAUUUGACGGGGAUAUUCAAAACUGGAUAAGUUUUAAGCAAGUUUUUACCUCAGCUAUAGGUUCAAACAAAGCAUUAACCAAUUGUCAAAAAUUGCAAUAUUUAAAUGCUGCUGUAUCGGGAAACGCACACAGAUUAAUUAAAGGUUUUCCUGUUGUUGAAGCAAAUUACGCUCAAGCAUGGGAAACACUUUCAAACCGCUAUGAUAAUAAGCGAGAACUCGCAUAUUCCUUAUGCACAAAGAUAUUCAAUAUUAAGUCGGGUAAAAUGUCUUCAAAAUUUCUGCAUGAAAUGAUUGACUGUUGCAAUGAAUCGGUGCGCAAUUUGAACACGUUAGGUUUGAAACUGAACAAACUAUCGGAAAUUAUACUAAUACAUUUCCUUCAGAAACGCCUAGACGAAAACAUAAGAAGACAGUGGGAGUUAACUUUAGAAAGUGACGAGUUUCCUUCUUAUCAGAAAUUCAUGCAAUUCUUAGAAUUAAAUGCUAGAAGUUUACACUCAUCAAAAGAUUCAUCAAAAGAUUACGCGAAGGAAGAAAAAUCUAAAGCUCAAACGCUUACUUAUACUAACACAACAUCUAAUAAAGCUGCAUUUGCAAAAGCCAUUAAUUGCACAUACUGCAAUUCUAAUCAUACGAUAUUUAGAUGUCCAAAGUUUUCGGGAUUGAACUUCCGGGAUAGACUAGAAUUCGUUAAAAAACGCAAACUGUGUUUUAAUUGUUUAAGAGAAAAUCAUGAUGUUUACAAUUGUAAAGUAACAAUGCAUUGCAGGGUAUGUUCAAGAAAGCAUCAUACUUUACUGCAUUGUCAGUCGAAUAAAUCUAGUACUCAUGAAACGGAAUUAAACUCCAAGAAGGAAAAUUCCAAUUCUGAUCUAUCACAAACUAUGCAACAUGAUUCUAAUGCGGUAUCUCUUUCGGGUACCAAUAACUCUGAGAAAACACUAUUAACCACAGCCAUGAUUAAAGUAAAAGAUGUUAUGGGUGGUUAUCAGGACUGUAGAGCUCUUAUCGACUGUGGGUCUCAAAAUUCUCUAAUAUCGGAAGAUUGUUUUCAGCAGUUGGGUCUUAAUUCAGCUACUUGUAAUUGCACCAUAAAGGGAAUAGGAAAUUCAAUCACAAGUCAAUCAAGUAAAAUGGUAAAAUUAGAAUUCACACCCUAUUUCAAUUCAAAUAAAUUAUUUAUGGAAGCAUUGGUUGUUAAAAACCUAACUAUUGAUUUACCCAACUGCAAUAUGACCAAUGUAAAUUGGCCUCAUCUUAAAAAUUUAAAACUAGCAGAUCCGCAGUUCCACAUUUCCAGACCAGUGGACAUACUAAUCGGUGCUGAUGUUUUUCUAGACCUGAUAGAAGGUGAACAAAUAAAAAAUAAACAUAAUGCUCCGGGUGCAUUAGAUUCUAAAUUGGGUUGGUUGCUGAUGGGAAAGGUUUCAUCAUAUUCUCCAAAAUCUAAAAGUUACACAUUUCAUCAUGAUGUAAAUCAAGAAUUGGAUUUAACCCUCCAAAAGUUCUGGGAGUUGGAUUCAAUUCCAAACGAAGACAAAGACAAUUUAAACAGCGAGGAAAUUACAUGCGAACAAUUCUACGAAAACACAACUAAACGGGCUAUUAGUGGAAAAUAUACAGUAAAGUUACCUUUUAAGAGGGAAAUUGACUUGGGCGAGUCCAGGACUAAAGCCGUUUCGAGGUUUCUAUCUCAAGAAAAGAAAUUUGAAAAAGACAAAAUUCUUGCUGAACGUUACAAGGGUUUUAUGCAAGAAUACAUAGCUUUAAAUCACAUGGAGUUAGUACCCGAAAAUGAAAAGCUAAAUUCUAAAUCUUUUUACAUGCCUCAUCAUGGUGUGAUUCGAGAGCAAAGCACAACUACUAAACUUAGAGUAGUAUUCGAUGCUUCUGCAAAAUCGUCAGAAAACAUAUCCCUAAACGAUAUUCUACACAAGGGUCCUAAACUUCAGUUAGAUUUAAGUUUUAUUCUAAUGAAUUUCAGAACUCAUUCAAUCGCACUAACCGCGGAUAUUGAGAAAAUGUUUAGAAUGAUAACAGUGUCUAAGGAAGAUUGUGACUUCCAAAGAAUUAUUUGGCGAACCGAUUCAACUAGUGAAAUCAAAGAUUACAGGCUUUUAACAGUCACAUACGGCACUGCAUGUGCACCUUAUUUAGCAGUAAAGACUAUUCAGCAACUUGCUGCAGAUGAGCAAUCUUUAUUCCCUAAAGCUGCAGAAAUCGUAAAAACAGAUUUCUAUAUGGAUGAUCUACUUACAGGCGCAGAUUCAACAUCAGAGGCUCGAAAUAUCGUCCUUGAAAUGAAUGAAUUAAUGAAAAAAGGUGGGUUUACUUUGCGUAAGUGGUUAUCAAAUGACCCGAAGGUAAUAGAAUUCUUGCCCGAAGACUUAAAAGCGACUAUUUAUCCUAAAGAACUGGGGGAAGAACACUCUAUUAAGGUACUGGGUAUUGAGUGGGAUCCUAUCACAGAUUACUUUAGAAUACAAAUCAAGCCACCAAGCGAAGUAAAGAAUAAACGACAAUUACUUUCCAAUAUCGCUAAAAUUUAUGACCCACUAGGAUUUCUAGCACCAACAACCCUACUAGCAAAACUUUUAAUUCAAGAACUGUGGUCCGAGAAAAUAGGCUGGGAUGAAAAUUUACCAGAACAGAUUAUGAGCAAAUGGCAAAAAUUCGCAUCGGAACUUAUGCAUUUGAAAGAAAUUAAAAUUCCGCGAAGUUUGAAAGAUAAAUGUUCAAUUUCAAAAUCCGUUGAAAUUCAUGCAUUUUGUGAUGCGUCUCAAAAAGCUUACUCGGCAGUAAUUUAUUUACGCUUCCGUUUGGAAAACGGUGAAAUUAAAGUCAGUUUUCUAGUAGCGAAAACUAGAGUUGCUCCUUUAAGGAAAAUUACUUUACCAAGAUUAGAACUUUGUUCUGCAGUAUUAUUGAGUCGUUUGUAUAAAAGUAUUAAGAAUAGACUUUUGAUUGUAACAGAUUUCGAUUACUUUUAUACAGACUCGCAAAUCGUUUUAGACUGGAUAAAAUCGGAAUCGCGUAGAUGGAAAGUAUUUGUCGCAAAUCGAGUAUCAGAAAUUCAAAAACUAACCCCGGUUGAAAAUUGGUUUCACGUAAGAAGUGAAGAUAACCCAGGGGAUUGCGCCAGCAGAGGGAUUCUGCCAUCUAAGUUAAAAGAACAUAAACUUUGGUGGAAAGGUCCAGUUUGGCUUUCUGACCCAAAUUUUAGCAUUAAUUCAAGCGCGUUUUUUCACCCCGUUAAAGAAUCGGAUAAAGAACAAGAAGAAUCGGAGAGCGUACUCGGUUGUUUGAAAGUAGAGUCAAGUCCAUUCAUUCAAAAUUAUUCAAGUUAUGUUAAGCUAAUUAGAAUUACGGCUUGGUGUUUGAGGUUCAUAAAGAAUUGUAAAACUAUUGCAGAAAAGCGCAAGUUUGGGUUUUUAACAUCUGAAGAAAAAUCGGAAGCUAUUUCUCGGGUGAUUAAAAUUGUACAAGAUGAAGAAUUCAAAUUAGAAAUACCUAUGCAUGCUGGUGUUCAAACAACUCUAUUCUUGAUUCGAGAAAAUUUUUGGAUUAUAUCAGGUCGGAAUGCUGUUCGAAAUAUUAUUCGAAAGUGUAUCGUAUGCUUAAAAGCUAAUUCUUUAAAUUCAAAGCAGCUAAUGGGAAACUUACCCAAAGAAAGGGUAAUUCCUGCUCGAGCCUUCUCAAAAUGUGGAUUAGAUUUCGCUGGUCCAGUAAUUACAAAACCGAAUCUUAAGCGGUCAAAAGUAACUUUGAAAAGCUAUAUCGCAUUAUUCGUGUGCUUUACUACUAAAGCAAUACAUCUAGAAGUUGUAUCGGAUUUAAGCACGGGAGCCUUCUUGGCUUGCCUUCGCAGAUUCAUUGGAAGAAGAGGAAAGCCUUCUGAUAUUUUUAGUGACAACGCGACAAAUUUCAAGGGCGCAAGAAAUUAUUUAAAUGCUCAAGCUAUUAUUUGUUCUUCAGAAGAUGUUCAAAACUAUGCCACAGAAGAAAACAUAAACUGGCAUUUCAUCCCUCCCAUUACUCCUCACUUUGGGGGAUUAUGGGAAUCUAACAUUAAAACUGUGAAAAAGCAUUUAAUCAAGGCGUCUAAUUCUGCUAUUCUUAAUUUCGAAGAACUUUCAACCUUAUUGAUUCAAAUAGAAGCAUGUUUAAAUAGCAGGCCUUUAACCCCUUUGUCUGCUGAUCCGAUGGACUUACAGCCUCUUACACCAGGGCACUUUUUAAUAGGUGCACCCCUUCUGUCUUUUCCUGAACAAUAUUCUGCUGAAACUAAUUCUGCUUUUUCUUGUAGAUGGAAAGUAGUGCAAUGUAUUCGUAACAGGUUCUGGAACAGAUGGUCUCAAGAGUUCCUAACAGAGAUGCAAGAGAGAUGCAAGUGGCGUAAGGCGACUUCAAACGUCAAAGUGGGUCAACUGGUGCUGCUGAGGGAGGACAACCGGCCGCCUCUGCAUUGGUGUCUCGCCCGGAUAACUAAAGUCUACCCUGGAGAUGAUGGUUUAGUGCGAGUCGUCGACGUGAAAACCUCAUCGGCUGUCUACAAACGAUCAAUUACGAAAAUAGUGGCCUUGCCGUAUGAAGAAUUUAAUUUUGGAUUGUCAUCCAACGCGGGGGAGCAUGGAGAGUCUCCGCCCCGAAAUGCAAAUUAG